CGAGACUCUCGACGAGAAAAGCAGCCACGGCUAAAAACGGUAGCUAGUUAUCAUUUAUCUCCACAAUGGAGACAGCUGAAAACACCGCUGGAGCAAAGUUGACUAUAAAAAUAACUGUAAUCCGUGGAAAUAACCUGACAGGAAAAAAGGCAGACGACUUCCAGAGUUUUGUGAAGGUUGAAUUCGAUGGACUGGUGCUGGGAGAGUCAGACAAGAAGCAGGUUGACCCUGUGGGGAAAUGUGUCGACUACGACUUUACCUGCUGCCUCCAAAGCUCCAGCGAUGCUCAGACUCUCAGUAACAUCACCCAUAAACCGAUCAUACUGACGGUGACGGAGGUGUUGCCCGAGGAGAAGAAAGUUGAGGCGAAGACAGCAGUGCUGGGCCAAGCUGUGGUUGACCUGCUGCCACUGCUACAAGGUCAGUGCAGCUUCUCGUCCACAGUCCCUCUGAAUCCAGUGACCAACACCCCGCUGAAGGAGUUGCAGGGCUCCAGCAGCAAGAGCGUGGAGGCAGCAUUUAGGGCCAGGCAGAAGUUGGUGGACAGCCAAGUGUCUUUAAUGUCGAAGACGAAGCAGUCGACCCUGGAUGUGUGUGUCAGUGUGUCGGAUCCAUUGCUGUCUGAGGCUGAACUCUCAGUCUGUAACCUGCUGAGGGUGACCGUGGAAACAGCCUACUCCGUCCCUGAGUCCUGGAUGCUGCUGUCUGGCCCUGCCCCCUGCACAUACACCGCUGCCCUGGAGGUCCCGCUUACCGUAGAGGAAGAUCAGGUGCUGGUGUUCUGUGAAGGGGCGCUGAAGGUGGGGGGUCAGAAGGAGGAAAGUGGGAGACCGAGGAAGAGGCCACAUCAGGCCCUGCUGGUCCCAGGGAACCACUUUCUGCCUGCUGCCUUUUUCCAGGCAGAGCCCAUCGAACAGGAGGACGGCGAGCUGACUGACUUAGAGGACCGAGAGUUUCGCAAUGAGUCAGAGACCACGAAGAACAGAGUGAGCUGGGACACAGAGAUUUGCUGUUUCCUGGAUGCAGGAGGAAAUACGAGGCUUCGGCAGAGGAUCAAUGAGAGCAGGCUCUGGCCAGUGGAGAUUACGAGGUCGUUGGCUCCGCUUGCAAAAGCAGCAGAAACCAAACUGCUAGCUGAGGAGAGUCCAGAGAUCCCCUUCCACGGUGUUGCGUUUGUGGACAUGGGGCGGCUGCUGUAUCCUGGAGUCAGCCGCAUCCGAGGAGCAUACAGCAUCCAGUCUUUCUCUGAGGCUGAGAUGCUGAAAAAGGCCAAGCGGAGUGACAGUGUGUUAAAGGAGCAGGCCAAAGCUGCAGCCAAGCUGGUCCAAGCUCGUGCUGGCUCAGCUACGGGCUCUUGUAAGGCUAAGGCAGGGAAGAAUUUGAAUGGAAGCCCCAAGGGAGCCAAGGAUUCCAAGGAUGCAGCCAAAAAGCAUCCUGGUGGUCAGAGCAGGAUGGCUGCAGUGGGCAGCGUGACCGACAGCCUGAAUGAAACUGAGCUGCCACACGUCGAUACGGAGGGAAAUAUGUAUGCAGAGGCCAGAACUUAUAUUAUCAUUGAGAUAGCCUUGGAUAAACCGCUGGUACCCAAAACAUCUCCAGAGGACCUGGCUCGAAGGGUGAAGGAGUUGAUCCCACCUCGAUCUCCACUUCCAGCAGGCCCUAGCAGAGCAGAGAGAGCAGUGCUGGACUUCCACAGACAGAUAAGCAACGUUGUGACCAGUGUCUCGGACCAGUUUAAGGCAUUGUUUGGAACAGGAUGCAAGUCUUCAGAAGACUGCAGCCGGGAGCAAAUUAAGGUUCAGCUAAUGGGAGCACUUAAUGAGUCUGGGAGAUACUUCGCCUUCAAAGAACAGAUGAAGCAUGCAGUGGUGAGGAUUGUACGUGACACGAUGCAGCAGAAAGAGCCAUUCGCUGAACCUCAGGAGCUAAGGACUUUUGUCAGCAAGCUCUAUGCUUACCUGGUGGACGAGAUGCACAUAGCUCUCAACAAGAUUUAUUCUGAUGACACUAAUGAUGACUCAACAGAUGAAAUCCAGCUCAGUUCUUCUCAACUCAGACAUUUUGCCAGAGAGGCUUUGCUUACUGGUGAUUAUCAGCAGGCCAUUAACUACUACCAAGAGCUGGUGGUGAGACAUCCCAGUGAGGCCUCCUACAAGUGUGAGUGGGGAAGCCUCUACAUGCUGACUGGAGACUACAUGAAGGCUAAAGAAUGUUUCCAUGACGCUGUGUCCAUCCAGCAGACACACCAACCCAGUCUGAUGUUGUGUGGGGUCUUGGCAGCCAAGUUUGAGCAUUACGAGGAGGCCCAGACCUUUCUGGAGCAAGCCACCACUGUAGGCCCGCCUACUGUGGUGGCCUGGACGCUCCUGGGUUUGCUCCACGAGAGCCAGAACAAAUCCAUUCUAGCUGAGAGAGCUUUUCUGGAGGCCAGAAAACUGCUGAGGGCAAAAGAAGCAAAGGAGCAAACACCGAGGGAGGAGGAGAAGAAAGAAAGGACAAAAGAUAGGGAGGAGAUAAAUGAGAAGGCGAAAGAUGAGCAGGAGGAAGAGCACGUGGCUGCACCUGCGUGCCAGUCUCCCCCUGUUGAGCAAGACCCAGAUUGUGGGGACCAGGUCGCAGGACCACAGGAGGAGCCUCUGGCACAGAGUGUCAGCUCCAGACCAGCUCCAGCUAAACUCUCCUCCACCAUUUACACGGAGACUGUUGAUUUCCUGCUGCAGAACUUUGCCCUCCAGAUGGCGGAGUAUGCUCUGUCCCAGGAGCUGCUCUUGUCAGACGGUGGUUGCAGUGUCUCGUAUCUUCUUCACCUGGCCCAGCUGCAGCUGCUCAGAGGGGACUACUGCAAUGCUGUUGCCAGCCUCAAGGAGGCGAUGUUUCACAACAAUCAGGAUGUGGACGUGUGGGCUCUCGAUGGUCACUGUCACUACCUGCGAGGGGCGUUCAGGGAUGCCCAGGAGAGCUAUGAGAGGAGCCUCAACUUUCUGCAGCAGCCAUCAGACUCUCACCUCAUCCUCCUCCGCCUUGGAUCCAUCUACCUAGAGCAGGGGAAGUUUGAGCAGGCCAAACUUGUCUACGUGCAGGCUUGUGAGCAGUCUCCAUCCUGCCUGACCUGGCUGGGCCUGGGUGCCGCCUGUUACCGGCUGGAGGAGCUGUCUAUAGCUGAGGAAGCUUUGACUGAGGCCAACCAUUUGAAUAACCAGCAUGCUGAGGUGUGGGCUUACCUGUCGCUGACCUGCCUCAGGUCUGGCAGACAACAGGAAGCAGAGCGGUUUCAUAAAUAUGCAACAAGGUUCAACCUGCAGAGGAAAUCACUCUUGAAAGAGUUCAAUGAGCUGAAGGAUCAGCUCCGCUUCGGUCAUCUGGUGUCAUGCUUUGGAACGAGCUCCGGAGCAGUUGUUUAAAUGUACAUUUCAUUCCAUUGUGUCUACAUGACCAGCACUUUCAAAAAGACAUUUUAUUGUA